AUGGCAGGAAUCCCACGGAAGGUCAACUACAGCUCCUACGACGUGCCCUCGGUGCGUGGUGUGGACUGGGCUGCUCGGGUGCAGCUUGACGAGCUGGGCCUGUCCAGUGAUGCGUGCCUCCCCAUAGAUCAGGCCAUGCCUGGCGCCGCCCAGCCCAUACGCUACCUGCACAUCUUUGAGGACGGCGAGGUGUCCCUGGGCAUAUUCUGCCUGCCCAAGGGUGCCUGCAUCCCGCUGCACAACCACCCCGGCAUGACCGUCUUCUCCCGGGCCCUGCUCGGCCGCGUGCACGUGCUUUCCUUUGACUGGGCGGAAGCCCACACCGACGCCAUGGCAGGCACUGUGGAGGGCCCUGCUGCCCCCGCACGGGAGGCGCGGCGCGUGCUGGACUGCGUCAUGGGCUCCGGCGAUGACCCAGCCCUGCUGCAGCCCACCUCGGGCGGGAACAUCCACCAGUUCACCGCCGUCACAGACUGCGCGGUGCUGGACCUCCUAACCCCCCCCUACAGCCUCGACGACGGGCGUGACUGCACCUACUACCACGUCGAGGGGCCAGGUUCUGGGGACGGCACCUUCCUGCUGAGGGAGGCCGAGCCGCCCUCAGACUUUGUCGUGGGUGCGCUGGGGAUGUAUGACUGGGACUGA